CCCCCCCCCCUCCAAUCUCCCUGCGUCACCUCUCUUCCCCUCUCUCUCUCUUUCUGCGCGUGGAAAGCUCUUCUUUGAGGUUCGAUAGACCCCAAAUCAAGGCGACGGCAUAUUGAAUGCCCACUUCAGAAGCUGCUGCCUUCGGAAGCUUACCCACCACUUCUGCUGUUGCCGUGGCAGCACACGGCAUUUAAUUCUCGGAAAAUUCGCGAAAUGGGUUGGCGGUGAAGUCUCUUCUUUGCAUAAUAUCGGUGGGGGAUAACUUUGAGAUGGCGGUGGCGAGCAAGACAAGGAACAUGCUUGAGGGUCUUGUGAGAGAUAGCUCCUUUAAAUGGUUGCUGGGGAGCCGGGCUUCGUUUGAUGAAGAAUUUGAGGAGAUGGGAAGGUCUCCAUCUGCUCAGAAGAAUUGGAUACCGGAGCUCUCUACAGUUGCAAAUAUAGUCGUUCGUAGAUGCUCAAAGAUCCUUGAAAUGCCAACAAGUGAGCUUCAGGAGAGCUUUAACAGAGAGGCAUCAGACUCCAUAAAACAUCCUUCAGUGUAUGCAAGAAACUUUCUGGAGUAUUGUUGCUUUAGGGCUUUAGCUCUUUCUAUCCAAGCAAGUGGCCAUCUCAGUGAUAAAAGGUUCAGGCGCCUGACCUAUGAUAUGAUGGUAGCUUGGGAGACUCCCACUGCAGCUAAUCAACCUGUAGUCAAUAUGGAUGAGGAUGUUUCAGUUGGAGUAGAGGCUUUCUCUCGCGUAGCCCCUGCGGUUCCUCUUAUUGCAAAUGUGGUUGUUAGUGAGAACCUGUUUGAGGUUCUUACUGCUUCAACUGGUGGGAGGCUUCAUUUUUUUGUCUACGAUAAGUACAUUACGGGCUUGGAGAGAGCCAUAAAAAGACUAAAGGCCCAGACUGAGUCAUCCCUCCUUUCAGCGUCACGGUUGUCUAAAGGUGAGCAGAUCCUCGAAGUAGAUGGAACUGUCACCACUCAACCCGUUCUUGAACAUGUUGGCAUGUCUACAUGGCCCGGAAGGUUGAUUUUGACGGAUCACGCACUUUAUUUUGAAGCUCUCCGAGUCGUAUCUUAUGACAAACCAAAGAGAUAUGACUUAUCAGAAGACUUGAAACAGAUCGUCAAACCGGAAUUAACUGGACCAUGGGGAACUCGAUUGUUUGACAAGGCAGUGCUAUAUAAAUCAAUUUCCUUAUCCGAACCGGUUGUCGUUGAGUUUCCCGAGCUUAAAGGACAUGGACGACGUGAUUAUUGGUUGGCAAUAAUCAGAGAGAUCUUAUAUGCACAUAGGUUCAUAAACAAGUUCCAGAUUAAAGGAAUGGAACGGAAUGAGGCCCUCUCAAAGGCUGUUCUCGGAAUCCUGCGAGUACAAGCCCUGCAGGAAAUUACAUCCACAGCCCCUCUUAAAUGUGAAACUCUUCUCAUGUUCAACCUUUGUGACCAACUCCCAGGUGGCGACCUGAUACUUGAGGCACUUGCGAACAUGUCAUCUUCUCAAUUGGAUAGGACUAAUAGUCCAAGGAGUGUUGAUGGGAGUGGAAUGCACUCAGUUUCAUCCCUUGCAAUGGUUUCAAACUUAGGGUUUGUGUUCGGAGGGAGUAGUAGUAGCUUGAGUAGUCCUAGUGAAGGAGGACUGGUUCUUGGAGAGAUUGCCGUUGGGCAACUGACCUCUCUAGAGAGGGCAAUUAAGGAAUCAAGAAAUAGUUAUAAAAAGGUGGCGGUGGCCCAAGCAACAGUUGAUGGAGUCAAAGUGGAUGGGAUUGACACCAACAUGGCGGUGAUGAAGGAACUACUCCUUCCUCUUACUGAGAUUGGAAACUGGCUUCUGUCUCUGUUUUCUUGGGAUGAUCCUUUAAAGUCCUUAAUGUUUUGUUUGGUAGGCGCUUUUAUCAUCUACAGGGGGCUUCUUGGUUAUGCAGUUGCUCUUAUGUGCAUCUUCAUAGCAGUUUUUAUGGUCCUCACGAAGUAUUUGAACCAAGAGAAGGAUGCACAAAAGGUCAAGGUAAUAGCCCCUCCACCAAUGAACACCAUGGAGCAGCUUCUCGCUGUUCAAACCGCAAUCUCUCAGGCAGAAGGCUUCAUUCAAGAUGGGAACAUCGUCCUGCUAAAACUACGCGCCCUCAUGAUGUCCAUUUAUCCACGGGCGAGCGAGAAACUCGCAGUUACUCUGUUGGUCUCGGCCCUUGUUCUCGCAUUUCUACCCUCAAAAUAUAUCAUGCUCAUGGUGUUUUUGGAGGCAUUCACGAGAUAUUCCCCCCCAAGGAGGGCGAGCACAGAGAGGUGGAUGAGGAGGUUGAGGGAGUGGUGGUUCAGCAUACCCGCUGCCCCCGUGGUUCUUGAAAGAGAAAACGAUGACAGGAAAAGGAAAUGACGAGAAGAGGUUCGUUUGAUGUACAAUUGUAAAGCAAAGUAAGAAUUCUUUCCUUGUCCUCUGGGGAAAAACCGAAAACAGGUAAAUAAGUAAAUACAUGUUUGUACAUGAUUUUGAGAUCGAGAAAAAUACAAUGUGAAAUGACAGAGGAAUGGUAUGAUAGUGAUUUGCCAUGGGGGUUUGAUUCUUUGUCUGCAAUUUCUAGUAAGUGCAAUUGUGGUCCAAGCAGUAGGAUGCACUAAAAUUAGUGCUUCCAGCAUUGAGAGAGACAUAUUUUGUCCCUGUCACCGUUUUCCAGGCAUCAGAGGAAAAAAACCUUCCAUUCGGCAGCAUGACAUAACGUAUGGUCUAAGCCGUUUGCAUUUCGGGUAACGCGAAAUCCGUCCCGAAGGGAGCGCGUUCUGGUCUGCCUUCUCUGUAGUUCCACAAACUUAUUUAAGUCUUUCUUGGAUGUACUAUGUUUACUGAUGUUGUACCUGUAGCAGAAUGCCUUGUUAUUUGAUAUUCAUUGUUUCACUGAA